CGAAAAGUUGAGCGGCGGCGCAGAGCAGUGGGCGCUGGUGCUGCUCGGGUGCACGUGGGCCGCGGCGUGAGAGCGAGGGGCUGGGGGCAGGCCGCCGCGACGAGAGGCGGCCCUUUCCGGCCUCGCGGGCCCCUGGCCACCCGGCUCUGUCGACUAGAGUGGACGCGCGCGCUCGCUGAGACAUGGACACUCCCCCGCUGUCAGGUUCGGACUCGGAUUCUGAUGAUUCUCUGGUCACAGACCGAGAGUUGCAGGAUGCGUUUUCCCGAGGACUCCUGAAGCCAGGCCUCAAUGUCGUGCUAGAGGGGCCGAAGAAGGCUGUGAACGACGUGAGUGGCCUGAAGCAGUGUUUGGCUGAAUUCAAGCGGGAUCUUGAAUGGGUUGAAAGGCUUGAUGUGACCCUGAGUCCCGUGCCGGAAGUCAGUGGACCUCAGUCAACACCUCAGAACAAGGAUCAGAAAACUGUUGAUCCAGAAGAUGACUUCCAGCGCGAGAUGAGUUUCUACCGGCAGGCCCAGGCUGCGGUGCUGGCAGUAUUACCCCGCCUCCAUCAGCUCAAAGUCCCUACCAAGAGGCCCAGUGACUAUUUCGCUGAGAUGGCCAAGUCUGAUCAGCAGAUGCAGAAGAUUCGACAGAAGCUGCAGGCUAAACAGGCGGCCAUGGAGAAGUCUGAAAAGGCGAAGCAACUGCGAGCACUUAGGAAAUACGGGAAGAAGGUGCAAACAGAGGUUCUUCAGAAGAGGCAGCGAGAGAAAACACAUAUGAUGAAUGCCAUUAAGAAAUAUCAGAAAGGCUUUUCCGAUAAACUGGAUUUCCUUGAGGGGGAUCAGAAACCUGUUGCACGGAGAACGAAGGAAGGAGCAAAAGGCCAGCAGAUGAAGAAGGGGCCCAAUGCUAAGCGGCGCUAUAAAAACCAGAGGUUUGGUUUUGGUGGAAAGAAGAAAGGCUCCAAGUGGAACACACGUGAGAGCUAUGAUGAUGUAUCCAGCUUCCGGGCCAAGACGGCUCAUGGCAAGGGCCUCAAGAGGCCUGGAAAGAAAGGAUCAAAUAAGAGACCUGGAAAACGGACAAGAGAGAAAAUGAAGAGCAGAACACACUAAGCAGCAUCUUUGUAUACAAAGAACCGAGAAAAAGGGUUGUAGACUUGGGAUUUCACCAUCCGGUUGGAUUUCUUCUGUUGGUUUCUUUUUGUAAAAAGUUCUUUAAUAAACUAAAAUAUUUUCAAAGAAACAUAUAAUCUUGGUUAAAAAUUCAGGAAUAAAAGAUGGAGAAGUUACUUUUAUGUAUUAAGUAAGAUUGCUAUUUAUUGACGAUAACUUAGACUUUGAAUUCAAAUUGCCUUUCCUCUAUGAUAGAUGAAGAUAUAACUUACACCUUCCUCAUCCUUCUAAGUAAUUGUAUCGCGAUUUUAGAUAAAUCAAGAGUCAGUGUUUAUAUCAUUAUGAUUGUUUAAAUACCCAUCACUGUCAGCUAGAUGUACUAUGAUAAAAUUUCCUUUGUGGCACA